GGUGGGCGUGUCCUCGGAGGAGCCGUUCUCCGUCACUCCCGGAGCGGGCUGCAGUAGACUGGAGGGAGCUGUACCGGGGAGGCCGGGGCUGACCUUCCCUCCUCCUCCUCUGCCCUCACCUUACGGACGCUCGGUGGCACCACGUCCGGCAUUUGGCAGGUUCUGCCAUAGAGGUAAUCCUUCUGUCAAUGUGAACAGAGAGCACAUCUUCAUGUGUGUCCACCUAGUAAGAUGCAUCUCUUCAGUCGUGCCUGAGGAAUAAGAAGUCUCUCGAAGACUAAAUGUCAGCAAUGAUAAAUGAUCUUCCUGGAAUUGAAGUGUUUCAAAAGAUUCCUAAAAUGAAGAUCCCGUCCACCUUCUAAAGCAACAUCCUACCAAAAAAUGCUUCAUAUUCUAGGGAUGCCAACCACCUAGAUUCAUGCGCCCGAUCUGUACAGCUGUGGAUGGUUUACCAUCAGAAGGCACCCUGAGCUCCCUUCCUGGUCUGGUUUCUGUCUUUGAAAUGUCGAUGCUUCGUGCUUUAGACCCGGUCCAGACUUGGCUGGGACAAGAGCUGGAGAAAUGUGGUAUCGAUGCCAUGAUAUACACUAGAUAUGUCUUAAGUCUCCUGCUACAUGACAGCUAUGACUACGACCUUCAAGAACAGGAAAAUGACAUCUUUGCGGGCUGGGAAAAGGGAGCUUGCAAGAAGUGGGGGAAAGGCAAGAAAAAGAGUUCAGAUCUCUCCAUGGAGGAAAUGAAGAAACAGGCUGCAGUGCAAUGUCUGCUUUCAGCUUCUGAUGAAAGUUCUGGAAUUGAAACUUUAGUGGAAGAGCUCUGCUCCAAACUGAAAGAUCUCCAGAGUAGCCAAGGUGACCAGCUGCCCACAAGUAAAGAAGACAGAAGUAACAAGAAAGUAGAUGGAUCGCUGUCACCGGAAGCUACUACAUCUCCAGCAAGAAAGGAUCAGGCAGAAAUGUAUUAUGAAGCUUUUCCACCACUUUCAGAGAAGCCAAUUUGCCUGCAAGAAAUAAUGACCGUAUGGAACAAGUCAAAAAUCUGCUCUUAUUCUAGCUCCUCCUCAUCUUCCACUGCCCCACAAACAAGCACCGAAACUCCUUCACCAAAGAAUUGCCACAGCGAGAGCGAAGCAGUAAUGACCAACAAGAACAACGGAGCUUCUAACACUGUACAGGGAAAGAACCAACAGAGGAAAGGCAAGACCGAGAAAGAUAAGUUUAGUAAUGGCGCAGCUGACGAGAAAACAAAUAUUUUGAGAAGUGUGAGGCACAAGUCAAACGGAAAGAUCCGCCCUCGAUCCUGUUCCUCUGGCUCAAGCGAAGCAGGCUCAAGUUCGAGCGGUAAUCAGGGCGAAACAAAAACGAGGUUCAUCAAAGUAAGGCAUAAAGUUAGAGAGGUCCGGAACAAAAAGGGCAAAACUGGUCCCAAGGUUCCACCAAAGAACGGCGAGAGGAAAAAUGUGGCGGUAGGCAGUGGAGCCAGAUCUGUGAAGCCGCUCUGCAAGAGAGUAAAGCGUCACGUCAAAGAUUAUGCGUAUAAAGAAAAGGAUAAGGAAGGAGAUGAUGUCCUGAAAGAGACAAGAAAGAGGACUGAAUUCAGAGAGGAGCCAUUGUGGUAUACAGAGCCGAUCACAGAGUACUUUAUUCCUCUGAACAGUAAAAGUAAAUUGGAAACAACGUAUAGAAAAAAUCCCAAAUGGUAUGAUGCGUCAGAAGAGAUGGAAGAGUUGUCAGAGUUUGUAAAAGAUCUUCAUCUGAAUAACCACAAUAUCCACGAAACAUACCUCGCAGCGGGUACCUUCAUCGAGGGGCACUUUGUAGAAAUGCCUGCAGUCGUAACCGAGACAAGCGAUCACACAGGGACCUCAAUCUGUUCUCUCCUAGAGGACAAUUAUUUGGAUGAUGUUCAUCCUGCUGAACUUGCACACUUCUAUGAAGUCAAAAUUGAUCAAUCCAUGUUGGAUCCAGGUGCCUCAGAGAAAACGAAAGGAGAGAGUCGUAUCUUGAAUAUGAUUCGACAAAAAAGCAAAAUAAGAAGUGAUACGGAGGCUAAAUCUUGCAAAGUGUUAGACGAUAGGGAGUUGCAAGGGGAGAGUGCAAUAUGGACAGAAUUGACCAGUUCUAUUGGUGCUGAAGGCUUGUUCUUGCAAGAUCAUAGUAAACUAGCUCAAUUUUGGGAGUCCUGUUCACCUUCAAGUUCAGCUGAUGCAGACGGGGAGAGUUUGGGAGGGGACUCCCCGAGUACAUUCUCCCCUUUUUUUGACAGCACAAAGCUCAAUACACACAUGCACACUGGCAAUCAAGAUUUAUUUUUGGACGGAAAGAACUCUUAUUUUUCAGUGUUUGAAGUGCAAUGCAGUAAUUCUGUGUUCUCGUUGCCCAGGGAGAGGGUGUUCAAUGAGAAAGUUAAAGCCGAGUCUUCUUCCAGCAUGAAUGGGUUUGGAAAAACUCAGUCGCGAUUACUAAUAUGGACCAAAAACAGUGCCUUUGACGAAAACGAACAGUGUUCGAAUCUUUCGACGAGAACAUGCAGUCCAUGGUCGCAUUCGGACGGAACCCGAUCAGAUACGGAGGCUCUCGGCAAUCACCUCGAAGAUUACACUCAGUUGAACACAGAAGAUGCAACUUACAUUAUUCCCACAGUUACUUCAAGGUUUCAAGAUGAUAUCUCUGGUAUAAAAUCACAAAGCUCGUUCCUAAAGAACAGGACUGUAGUAGACGAGCCUGUACUGGUAUUGGGCAAGAAAUCGAAGUUAGAGUCACUCUGCGGCAUUCAGCUAGAACACGAAAAUGAUGUAAUGUCUGACACUACAGAGGUUGAUCCUGAAAGCAGCAUUCAUACACAUGGAUACAGCUCAGGAGGCAUCAAAGACUUGUGGACAAAUGUCGAAGAUGAUCAGCUGUUUCCUCUCGAUGUAAAUACAUUUAGCUGUCCUGAUGUGAACGAUACAGAAGAAGCGAACUUUCAAGAGCCCAGCAAGGCUGUUCAAAGAUCAGAGUACCAUCUUUGGGAAAGUCAAAGGAACCCUGUAGAAAAGCGGGGGUUUCUGGCCUGCGAGUCAUCGAAGGUGGAUGGCGGAGACUAUAUGACUCCCUCGAAACCCUGGGAUAUAAACCAUGUGAAAGAGAAUUCGUUCAUUCUUGGAGGAGUUUAUGGAGAGUUUGGAAGCUUUAAUGGUGAGGAUGAAUGGGCAGUGGUGCCACAGAGUCCAGCAAAAGCAAGCUUACUGGACUGCACUGCCUCGGAUGUUGUUACAAUAGCCGGUACUGAUGUGUUCAUGACGCCAGGGAAUAGCAUUGCUCCUGGACAUCGCCAGCUAUGGAGACCGUUUGUAUCUUUUGAAGAAAAUGAGCAAAAUGGAGAUCAAGGCUCAAGCAAGGGUUUUUCUUUUAUAUUGCAUGAGAAUCUGCUUGGUACAUGUGAUAAUUUUCCAGAGGAGCCGGGCAUGGGCUACUCAUUCUCUUCUUUUGAAUUAAACAAUAGAUUUUCUCAAGUUCUUCAUGUUGAAUGUUCCUUUGAACCUGGAAAUCUAGUUGGUAGUCCUAGUUUUAAACCGAAAGCUUUGUGCUCAGAUUCCGAGGGGGAUAUUGGCCAUCCAAGGAUUUGUGGCGUGGACCGAACACAGUAUAGAUCAAUAAGAAUUUCUCCCCGUACUCACUUUCGCCCAAUAUCUGCAUCUGAGCUGUCUCCGGGUGUAGGGAGCGAGUCUGACUGUGAAUCGGAAAAAGACGAGCUGGCCGUACCCACUCUUUCCGAAGGUGAGGUGUUUGAAGAUCCACAGGAUGAUCUAAAACCUCUGGAAGAAGAUGCUGAAAAGGAAAGUAAUUUUUAUGGAAAGUCUGAGCUCGAAUCUGGAAAGUUUCUCCCUCGGCUGCAGAAGUCGGGCAUGGAGAAAAGUGCACAGACUUCUUUGGAUAGUCAAGAAGAAUCCUGUGCCGUAUUGCCUCAGGAGAAACGGGAUCGCUUAGACUUUAGGAUUAUUGAAUCGUUUGAAAGUGACGUGAUGGACAACUCCAAACAGAGCUGCAAAAUGUCGGAGGUGAAAAGUAAAGUGAGUUUUAAGGAAAACCUUAAUACUGGAUGCAAUCCAACGUCUGAAGAAGAGUUGGGGGAGUUUUCUCCUCUGAGCAUCAACCUACAGGGAGUAAAUGCUGUUAAUGAAAAGCAGUGCUGGUGGCAGAAGGCACUGUACUCCCCGUUAAUUUCUGGAUCCUGUUGUGACCCUCUCUACGCAGAUGCGAAGAAAGAAAGUGGCGAUAAUACAGGUGGGAAGGACCUUCCCUACGCUGGUUGGCAUCCUCUCGAGAUUGAGAAAACAUCUGCAUGUAACAAAGCGAAAAUAACCAUUGGAUUCAGUGGUGCGGUAACAUCCAGUUGCUUCAGGAAGAUCAUCUAUUCGAGCGACAGUUCAAGCUCCGACACUGCUUCUGAGGGAGGACACGAAUGGGCCGAUAUAUGCCGAGAGGAGCUUUUUUCUCGCACUCAGCUGUGAACGAACAUCUUUAGUUGACCCGAGUGUUAAGGAGAGAGAACUAGCCCUCAUCUGUCCGUCUCCUCUACACCCUGUAGCGCUGGACCUCUUUAGUUACCACUUUAGAUAUUUGUGUGCUUUCUUUUUUUCUUUUUUUUUUUUUUUCUUGCAGUUUAGUUAGGGUAACAGUCUUCUCAGUUUUUUCUUUUUUCCUUAGUUUUCUGACAAGCUGUUAUACUUAGUAUAGCUAGAAUAAAUUAUGUUGUCAGAUGAAGAAUGGAUGUGUUUGUAGAAAUCCUGCAUCCAGUUUGCAUACUCUCCUUUAAGAUGAUUUUUUUUUUUUUCCCACUUUUUCUUUUUUCUUUUACUUUUAGUGCUGUAGUUGGAUUUCCAAAUGUCGUAGAUCCUUACAGCUACUUCUGCCGUUCAGAGACUUCGGGAGUCUUUGGCAAUUAUUCUCUUAAAUUCUAGGAGAGAAAACAUGUAACACUGUAAUCAGUCAGUGCCUUUCUGAAUGCAGGAGAGUAGCAUGAAUGACUUGCCCAGUCUUCAUUUGAAAACAUAUUUAAACAAAAAAA